GAUCUCUCUCUCUCUCUCCCCACCCCACCGCGCGCGCCGCCUCCGCGUCUUGGCGGGGGCCACUUCCGCUUCCGUUCCUGGGACCAAGACCCUCGGCUGUUGCCGCCGCUGCCGCCUUUGCUGCCAUGACUGCCACCCUUCGCCCUUAUCUCAAUGCUGUGCGCGCUACCCUGCAGGCCGCCCUGUGCCUGGAGAACUUCUCGUCCCAGGUGGUGGAGCGGCACAACAAGCCGGAGGUGGAAGUCAGAAGCAGCAAGGAGUUACUGCUGCAGCCAGUGAUCAUCAGCAGGAAUGAGAAAGAAAAGGUCCUAAUUGAAGGGUCAAUCAACUCUGUGCGAGUCAGCAUUGCAGUGAAGCAGGCCGAUGAGAUUGAGAAGAUCCUGUGUCACAAAUUUAUGCGCUUCAUGAUGAUGAGAGCGGAGAACUUCUUCAUUUUACGUCGGAAACCAGUUGAGGGCUAUGACAUUAGCUUCCUGAUUACAAACUUCCAUACGGAGCAGAUGUACAAGCACAAGCUGGUGGACUUUGUCAUUCAUUUCAUGGAGGAAAUUGACAAGGAAAUCAGCGAGAUGAAGCUGUCCGUCAAUGCCAGAGCUCGCAUUGUGGCAGAGGAGUUCCUGAAGAAUACAUACCUGUUCACUGGGAGUUGCUGGACAGGCAGUGGAGCUGGCACCAAGAAUAUGCAGUUGGGCCCAAAGUGUAAAGCAGGAGGGGACAGUGACGCUGGAGGGGGCAGAAGGACCAGCAGAGGAGUUGGCAGAUUGAAGCCUGACGGAGAUGCCCCCUCCAACAUCGAACGUACACAGCUGCACCCCACUCGCCGCCACCCAUCCACCGCUCCCAAUACCAGCAGGUAUAGAACAGAAGGAGAUGCAGCCUCUCUGAUAGAGGGACGCUCACCUCGCAGCAUCAACUUCAACUCUUCCUUCAACCCAGAGCGCCUCAAGCAAGCCAGGCAGUUUGUGGAGAGAGCCAUCAAGCAAAGGAAGAUCUUCAUGGUGAACGGCCCUUACCCCGUGAUUCGGAGACGGCUGCUUGGCAGGGGCUGGGUGGAGAGGAAGUUUCCCAAGGUGGCUAAAGUAGUGAAUAAGCGAGAACGUCCGCCUGAUGGGGAGCAGGAUGAAGAUGGUGAUGACAGUGACGCGCCUGAGGACGAUGAGGAGGAAGAGGGGGAAGAGGAACAGGAUGAUGCCAUUGAUAGUACCUAUAGCCUUAUGUCAAGGUUGGUUCGCAAUCAGAUCCCCUAUUUCAUCUGGACCAACCGGCGUGAUGUCAUUGACUGCCGCCUCCUGCGCAAAGAUCAGAUGAUGAACCACUAUGCCAAGGCGGGCACCUUCACCACCAAGGUAGGGCUGUGUCUGAACCUGCGAAACCUGCCAUGGUUUGACCAGGCUGAUGCCGAUACCUUUUUCCCACGUUGUUACCGCCUUGGAGCUGAAGAUGAAAAGCAUGCCUUUAUUGAGGAUUUCCAGCUCACUGCAGCCAGGAGCCUUCUCAAAGUGGUGGUGAAACGAUACUGGAAUGAACCCAACGUGACAAGACUGGAUGCUAAUCAGAAUGAGCCCCCAAAUUUCCCAGAGACUCCAGUCAAGCAGUACACCAGCCGGAAGAAAGGGGUCCUGCUCUCAUCCCAGCUGAUUGAGACUGCGAUACAUGCCUGCGAGGAACACAUGAGCAGUUUGAGGCACCAGGACAUUGACAGAGAAUCCGGUUCUCCUUUGCUAAUGAAAAAGUCACAAUGGGAAAAGUUUCUACAUGGCUACUACCAGCUAGCCCACGAGGGGGCACAGAUGGUGCAGACGGGUGCCCACGUCGAGCGGUGUGAAGAUGUCCUUCAGCGACUGUCAAAGGUCGUCCCGCAGCUGGACAUGGAAGGGGACAGGAACAUAUGGAUUGUGAAGCCAGGAGCCAAGUCCCGGGGCAGAGGCAUCAUGUGCAUGGACCGCUUGGAGGAGAUAGUGAAGCUAGUGGACUGCGACCCCAUGAUCGUAAAGGACGGCAAGUGGGUGGUGCAGAAAUACAUUGAGACGCCCCUGCUCAUCUUUGGCACCAAGUUUGAUCUGCGCCAGUGGUUCCUGGUGACCGACUGGAACCCACUGACCAUCUGGUUCUACCAGCAUAGCUACAUCCGCUUCUCCACGCAGCCCUUUUCCCUGCACAAACUGGACACCUCCAUCCACCUGUGCAACAACUCCAUCCAGAAGCACUACGAGAACUCGUUGAACCGCCACUCUGAGCUCCCCCGCGACAACAUGUGGUCGUCCGAGCAGUUCCAGGCCCACCUGCGACAGAUGGGAGCCCCCGAGGCGUGGUCCACGGUGAUUGUGCCCGGCAUGAAGGCCGCCAUCAUUCACGCCAUGCAGACCUCGCAGGACUUGGUGGAAUUCCGCAAAAACAGCUUUGAGCUCUACGGCGCAGACUUCCUCUUUGGAGAAGAUUACCAGCCGUGGCUGAUUGAGAUCAAUGCCAGCCCCACCAUGGCUGCCUCCACUGCCAUCACUACCCGCCUUUGCGCCAGCGUGCAGGAGGACACCUUGCGUGUGGUCAUCGAUCGCAAGUACGAUCGCAACUGCAACACGGGAGACUUUGAGCUCAUCUACAAACAGGCAGCUGUGGAAAUCCCUCAGUACGUUGGCACUAGCCUUUUGGUAGAAGGCUCCACCGUCAAGAGGCCUCCGCUCCAGAGAAGCCCCGUGCCUAGCGAUGCCAAGAACAGCAGCGGGCCGCAGCCGCCCAAGCCCAAGCUGAUCUACCGGCGCAGUAACCAGGAUACCCCACGAGCCCCCACCCCGUGCUGGGCGUCCGCCAACGGCAAGGCGACCGAGCCUGCGGCUCCUGGGAAGGAGAACAAAGCCCGGGAGAAGGCGCCCGGCAGCAAGGUCCCUGAUUCGACGUCCGCAAGGUUCAAGCUGCCCAGCAAGCUCAACGCAGACCCCCGCAACCGGAAAGUGCUGGUCGCCCAUAGCAUGGCUACCACCACGGUCGGCCCGGGGGGCAAGUUGUCCGGCCCGGCUCAGCUCUGUGCCACGUCCAGCUCCCAGAGCCUAGCCCCCCAGGAGCCCGCCCUCCACCAGGCCAAGGAUCCCAAAGGCGCCAGCACGGUAGCUCCGGUGCCCAGCAAGGCAGCCCCAAUGCCAGGCCUGGCUGCAAUUCACAAGCUCCCCCGCCUCUUCUGCAACGGAAAGGCCAUGGCAAGUUGGCAAGUGCUGUGCGGCUCCAGAGCUGGGCCUCGGCGGCGGCUUCCUAGAACUCCCAAAUUCUUCUACCGCAAGGUGGUCAUCUCAUGCCAGGCUCAGGAUGUGCAACACCUGCCACCCCUGGUACCAGCUUUUGAAAAUCAGAUGUCUGUCUUGCCUCCAGUGGGGGGGAAAGGAGACUAUGAAACCACAUGCAAUAACUCCGCCACGGCAGCCGACUCGAUGCCGUCGGGCUUGGUAAAAAUUUGAGAAGGAACUCCGGGAGAGUUGCACGUAGAAAUCCACUCUGGCUUGGAACUUUGAGAAGACCUCUAGUGGGUCGUGUGGUGCCCGAAUCAAUUGUCUAUAGAUUCUAAAGACGACCGGGUCUCUCUUCUGCUUCCCCGAAACAACCGCCAGGCUGCAGAAUUAGGUUGCUCCUAGGCUCUUCCCCAUCACACAAUUGAUAACUUUUGUAAAUCUUCCAACCAUUGAUGUGAAAAAUGGAGCACCCUGGGAGACCCAGCAGAAGGCAAGAGUUGCAGAGCGAUGGAGAAAGAAGAUCAAAACUGCUGAGAGCGAAAGAGACCCGUUAGGUCAUAAGAGGGCUCUAUCUCACAUGCUAAAACAAAGAACCAUGCUUGCU